AAGGUAGAGGGCUAGCCUUGGGAUCAAGUUCCGCGUCAUCUCGGUAAGUGCGUCCCGGCGUUGCGUAACAGUACAUGCUGGAAUCUCAUGACGCGCAGAUGUGUGGAGCGAAAGGGGGACUGCAGAUAUACACUCUAUCGAACUUCGCGCCAAUUGUACCGAUGCCCUUGUCGGAUCCGAGCGACCCCCGCAUUUGCUCGCCCUCGAUUUGGGAAUCCGCGACCCCGCGUCGGUCAAACAGUCUACUGAUAUCUCCUAUAAUCGUUUGUCGGAAGAGGCGGACGAGUGCCCCGAACAGAAUCUGGUGAGGGUGUGAUCGCGAAGAGCCCUGCACGUGCCGUAACACGCUGCAAACGCGUGUUGCGACUUGAUAUGGUCCUUCAGCCACCGUAUGACCCAUCGAUACGUCCUCCCCAGUUCUCAUCCUGCUGCGUUUCGGAGCGGUUCUUCGGCGAGACUCAUGUAUAUGAAGGACGAGGCGAGCGACGCAGAGUUCAGCCUGCACCAGGGCCGUAACUACAAUGCGCUGCCGCGUUCUACACGGCGGCCGACCCGCCCGCCGACGAGCAUAGCGCUGGACGAUAACUUCGACGCGAUCACGACGGAGGUGCCCACGGAAUGGAACGUCCCCUACCGCGAGCUCGAAUACGAGGAGUCUAUCAGUGGCUACCAGAACUAUGUCAAUGAGAUCGAGCGCAAGAUGAGCAACGAGGACGAGUUUCACCGGCAAGAGAUUUCGGAGAGAAAACCGGCGCCGCCGCUGCCUAGCGCCCGUUCCAAUGGGUACAUAUAUCGAAACGGGAGCGAGGCGGGGUCGAGGCGGGCGGGCGAGGAGGCAGGAAGAGCCUGGGUGAAAGUCGUGCACGACGGGCCUGAGCGCACUAUCUCCCUGUGGCGCGAGCGGGAUGCCCCGUCUCAAUCUCUAAGGCGGGUCGUAAGCGAUGGGCCGACAGGAAACGGAAGCACGAAGGGCGCUCACGUAGGAGAGCCACACAUGCAUAAGACGGCCAAAGCAACGUACGAGCGUAGCGAGUACAUGGUGGCCUAUCGCCCCAACCCGAAGGAUGGAUAUCUCAUGCCGGUGCUUUCGCGUUCCGAGAGCAUCUCCACUAUUCCAUUCGCGACCAUGGGAAUGGAUCCACGGCCGUUCAACCCUGAGGCCAUGCCUAACAGCCCAACAUCGCCAACGUCUCCGACUAAGAAACAUACUCACGGACGGUCAUCUUUAGAUCGGAGUGAAUUUGUGAUGACGUACCCGCAAACCCCACCGCAUAGCGGUAGUACUGUCAGCUCGCCGGGUCCUCACGUACCGAAACCCUCUCAUCAUCAAUCCUCGUCCCUGAACCAUCAGAUGCCAGGGUCCAUGACCACGAUGGCGCCACCUACGGAUGGAACAAAGGCGACAUCAACCUCUCCCGUCGAGCUCAUCCUCGCCUCGUGUGAGCCGUCCCUGUUGCACAUUGCACCGAUACUUUCCGAGCUUGGCAUGCAACGCAUGGAGCACCUGAGAGCAAUUGCGCGCCUGACCGAGGACACGCGGAAUCGGGAGGUGAAGGAAUACGCGCUGAAACGUGGGGUCACCGUCGUGGAAUGGGCCAUUCUUCUUGAUAAGCUACGAGCGCUAUAGGGGAGUGGUGCAAGAUCGUAGUAUCGCAGUAUCGUCAAACUUGUAUAUUCUCUAGUGCCUCAUUAGCCCCCGCCGUUGAGUACCGUUCCGUUGUAGACUCGAGGGGAGCCAAGAACACCAUCAGUCACUACUAUCACACCUGGACAUAGCGAAAGUUGGCGUGUAC